UAGAAAGAUGCCUGAGUUUCCGAUUUGGAAUUCCGAGUUUGAUGACCAUUCAAAACGUUUUGUUCCGAGUUCCCAGUUGUCUUGAAAGCACCAAUAGCAUUGUGGUCAGAACUUGUUUUUCUCCCAUUGAGCGUCAUUUUACCAACUACACCUCCCGCCCCCUCAGCGCAUUCUCGGGAACGCGGUUGCACUAUUCGACUCAAUUUCGUUAUCAUCCGUUGUCAUUUUACUCUUAUGUGCAACGGACUUUUCUCUUAUGUUCACAUCUAUUUGUGUGAAGAUGACUAGCUUGAAGGCGUUUAAGGAGCCAUUCGAUAGAAUAAUCUCUGAACCAGUGGAGGACACAGAUACUAGUAGCUUCAUGGCAGAAAUGUCCUUGAAGUCCAACUAUCCAGUCCAAGUCACAGAACCUCAAGAUGCAGUGACACUGCAGCUGAGGUCCAUGCCACCUGGCUACCUCACACCUCCCUCAGGCAGAAUAAGACAGCCAGUAGAAGUUGGUGUGGAGUGCAUCUGCACAGGCUCCAUCUUACAAGACUUCCCCAAGGAGCUGCAGUUCUUGAACAACCCCUGUGAGAAGUGCUGUUGCUCAGCUCCACCUCCAAAGAUCAGUGACCUGAUGGAUGACAAGGACUUGCUGGACUUACUGCGUCUUAAACUGGACCCAAAUCAUUGCACUGUUAAGAACUGGAAGAACUUUGCGAGCCGUUGGGGUAUGAGCUAUGAUGAGCUGACUCUGCUGGAGCACCGGACCCAGGGCUCAAUGUGCCACAGCCCCACACAAGAGUUCCUGCUGCGCAACAACCACAAGACCGUCACUGAGCUCACCGAACUUUGCCGGGUUUACCAGCGCAUUGAUGUGCUGCGGCUUCUGCAACGCUGGAUGGAUAACGACUGGCCCUCACGCUGGCAAAAUGCUCAUUAACAACUUGCCCCAACCCCUGAAAAUCCCUCAGAAAUUAUGCAUAUUACUUUUUACUUUUUACAUUUUGCUAUACACUUUAUUGAAUUAGCAACAGGGACUUGGACCAUUUUUUCUUUAACAGAAGCCCAUUUAUUUAACAUCCAGUGGUUCCAGGAUUUUGGUUGAGUUGGUGUGCAAAAGACCGGUGGAUCACAUUUUAUGACUCCUGCGGAGUUGAGGACUUAAUAGGACUGAUUUCCAUUGUGUACUCUUUACCAAUACUGUAGUUCUGAACAUCUCAACCAGGUCAUUAUUUUCUUUUUCAAAGGUCCCGCAACCUCAGAAUUGCUGUGUGUCCAAUAGUGAUGGGUUGUUCGCGAACAAACGGCUCUUUAUGAACAGAUCCUUUUUGGUGAACUUCAGGAAACAAAUCGCAUCGUUGAAAGAGACGUUCAUUUGGCUCCCUGAUUUGCAUACUGCUACUAUGCAAAUAUAACGUGUACAUUCUGGUCCACAUUCAUUUUUGCAGUUUGUUAAAAAUGAACACCAUUUUUUUUGGACCGAUCUAAUAAUUUUACCACGUAAAAAAAUUUUUUAACACGUAUUUCACGAUCUGACAUAAUGGUAGCCUACCUUUUGGGCUUUACAUUGGAGAUUGGAAAUCAUGGUUCUAGGUCAAUCUUAAGUGGAACUGUGCUAACCAACAUGGCACAUUAAGAAGUGGAAAAGAGAGAAGAUUUAAAUGGUGAACUGUUAGUACAUCUUUACUUAUUAGAACAGUCACCAUAGUAAUGACAGACAAUAAUAAUCAAUGUAGUAUAUAUAAUAUGGCAACGGAGAUAGUGUUGCGUAUUGGUCUUUAUAGUCUCAUAAAAACAUGAAACAUCUCCAAAUAUUGUAUCGUUUGUAUUAAUAGUUAAUGAGUCUUGAUUAUUUUGGGAUAGUUUGAUGAAGCUGAGGUCAUGUUGUCAAAUGAGAUAUCUCACUCCGGUCUGAAUCCUAAUUAGCCAUUUUCCCUUACGUUUUAUAUUUUUUUGUGGUUACAAUUCCCCCCCACCCCCACUUGAAGCAAAUAAAAGCUAGAUGUUUUCCAGCUUCUUGAUAAUCUUAUGAACUUUUCUUCAUCAACACGUUUCAAAAGUCAUCAUUGAAAAAUACAGCGCUGAAAAAAAAAAGGAUUUCUGUUGGAAGUUACCCAUGAGAGUUUGAGCUUUCUGUGUAUAUGAUUAUAUAACUUGGUAAAUGUUUAUUUAUCUAGAUUUCAGUGAUGAAUAUCCAAUCAGAGGAAUUCAAGCCUGUCAUUUAAUUAUACAGUAUCAUAUGGUUGUAGUCAAUUAUAAAUUAGUAGUCUAUCAUCAAUAAAUGACAAAGAA